GCUGCGCCCACCGACCGCUCUCUCGUUCCUCCACAUGCGCAUAGCGGCACUACUCUCAUUCUCACUGCAGACUCUCCUUUCAGUUGCAGCCAACUGUUCGCCGCUGUCGCACAGGCGCCGCCAAACAAAUAUUUUUUUAGGAUCAAAAUAGGCUUUCAAGCGGCUCAACGCCCAAAAAUUCGCUACUUGUUGCAAGCAGGCAGCGAAGAAGAUAAAUCGAUUUAUCGUUACAGUGUAACGUUAUUUUAUCUCUCGCUUCAGAACCAGUCUCGAUACAACGCCGGAACGACAAAUCUCAAACAUGAAGAAAUGUUCGGCGUGGUCGCUCUUUCUAGUGCUUUCGCUGCUAACUGUGAAAGCUCUGUCCCAGAAUUCAGAUGGCUUUGACCUGUCUGAUGCCGUCGAUGAUGUCUCUAUAGCACCAGCAGCCACCCCCAAACCAGUAGAAGGGGCAGGAGCAGAUGAGAAGAUCACCCCCACCAAGGCUCCUCCUAAAGCCCCAGCCACCAAAGCCCCGCCACAAAAGCCCAAGCCAGAUGAGAUCCAGGCUGAUUCUGACUUUGGGCCCAGCCUUCGCCCUGGCCUGCUCCCCCUCGCCACCAAGGGCCCCCGUACCCCACCGAAGCCCCAGCCCGCCUCUGAUGAGUUUGACCUGGGUGAUGCUCUGGAUCCCAACAAUGACAUUGGAGGGAAGGACAAGAACAAGGGACAAUCAGAUAAAGGUAUUGGAGGCGGAGGCAGGGGAGACAGAGCCCCCAACAACAGAGGAGGGAACGGGGGUGGAUCUUUCUCAGACGAUGAUCUGCUUGACGUUGGGAAAGACGACACCUACAACCCUGACAAAGGCAAAGGUGGACAUGGUGGAGGCCAGUCUGCCACUGAUGACAACAACCUUGACACCAUGGCUGAGACCGGAACCAUCGCCGGGAUCAUCAGUGCCAUUGGCCUGGCGCUGGUUGGCGCGGUCACCAGCUACGUCUCCUACCAGAAGAAGAAGUUCUGCUUCAGCAUACAGCAGAGCCUGAAUGCAGACCUGGUGAAGACUGAUAACCCAGACGCUGUGGUGGCCACAGAACCACAAGUUCAACAGACUCUUCUGGAGCCCCCCAACGCUGAGCCUCCUAGUCAGGAUAACACUGUCUAAUAUCCCACCCCCGUCCGUCCGGCCUCAUCCCCCAACCUACACACACACGAAGAGGGCGUGACAACACACACUUACACGCCCUCACCUUGGGGAAUAUCCCCCCCCACCUCAUACGACAACACACACUCACCACUUUUGAAGGAUAGUCCCACCCCCGUUAUACCUUAAGAGUUGUAGAUAGAUGGUGAUCGUCUGAAAUGUAGAGUUCCACUGGCAGCCAUGUUGACGCCACCAAGUUCCAUGUCAUUCUAGAAUCUUAAUGUCAUUCUAGAGUGGGAAUGGUAUUGUGACAUCACUACGGUCCGCCGACCUCUGUAGACCUACCCCCGCCACACUGUGUACAUAUCAUUUAAUUUAUUUGAACUGUUUUAAAUACCACUAAUAUGCCUGUUUACAAUUUGAUUAUGAAGGAGAUGGUAGCCUAAUCCUAGAUCAGUUUUUAUUUGACAAUGAUAGUCAGAGGAUUUGCUAUACUAAAGCACAUACAGAUCUAGGACCAGGCUUCCAUCUUGGUAUUUCCUGAAAGAUAAUAUAGUACAUAGUAUAACCCAUAUACUUUCCCCCUAACUCUGUUAUCCAAUCAAAAAUCUUAUCCAAAUAAUUAUUCCCCCCCAUUCCCCCCUAGUACAUAUUUCCCCCCUAGUACAUAUUGCCCCCCAUUCCCCCCUAGUACAUAUAUCCCCCUCGUGAUUUUUCUACUUUCAUGUUAUUGUCUUAAAGAAACAGAGUUUUGUAGUGGUUUCUUCCAUAUGUUAAUGUUUAGAAGCUGCAUUUUUAUAGCCUGGUUGUCAGUCUGUUUGUGCUUUCUUGCCAACUCCUUAUCACUCAUUGUAAUGGCAGUCGUAUGUAACGCAUGACGAUGAAAGAAAUAGAAUUGACAAGAGCACAACCAGAUCUGGGAACCAGGCUAGCACUUUUAUAGUGUUGAUUUCAGGAUUAUUUGAAUUUUUUAUGAAGCGAUGUUCAUUUGAAGAACUCAAUUACUUACUCCAGAGCUGCUGCAUAAAUGUCCAUAAUAUGAUUUGCGUUUGUUUUAAGAAACUGAAGAGAAUAUAGGCUCUUUUCCAGUAUCCAUACUAUCAUACUACUUAGGGAACAAACCCGUGUAUUGGGUCCUAGCAUUCUAAGUAGUAUGCUGGGAUGGACAUUGGAGCGCACUCAAAGGCUCUGUUCCAAUAGCCACACUAGUGUACCACUUAGUGAACGAUACCAGUGUAUUUGGCGUGCAUUCUAAGUAGUAUGCUAGUAUGAGUAUUGGAGUGUAGCCUUUAAGUCCACUUGUGUGGAAAAUGGGAAUGUGAUGAAGAUACACAAUGUAUAAAGACUAGUUAGUAUCUGUUUUGUCUUAUUGAGAUAAUGCCUGUGCUAGAGAAAGUGAAGUAAAUGUGAAGUCGAAGCCCAGUCCAACUUAAAACUUCUUGACAUUGAAGUAACGGUAGCGUUCGACUACAUUGCAGGCGUUACAUUGCAUCAACUAAUGGUUGCCUGUCACGUCAGCGAGGUGCGUUGUCGGGCAUCAGAUUGCUAUAUCAGUCCGUUGUUUAGCAGAUAUGGAACAGAAUACACACCUAUCUAGGCGUUGUGAGAUCUGGUAUGCAUCUGCAAUGUAGUCGCCCUGGAACAUGUCCAGUGGUUCUGUAGAGACUGGACAUUUGUUUGACUGAACAAGGCUAUACAUAGACUUCUGAAGUUGUUCAGAUUGAGCUAUUUGCUAUAUGAAAUCAGAGUUAGUUCAUCUCUGUGAUUUGGAUAGUGUUUAUACUAGCUGUUGUUUGUUGUUAGGAAAGGUUGAGGUGAAUUACAUUUCAAUUCACUUUAGUUCAUUCAAGAAGCGAAUUCAAAUUCCAUGUCAAGAAUUUAGAAAAUCUUUCAUAAAAAAAUAAAUGGCGCAUUUCAAUUUGAUUUUGAAUUUAAAAUCACUCCUUUGAAUUGAAUGAUUUGAAAUGGAAUUGGCCCAACCCUGAUUAGGAGACUAGUGGGUGGAAAGUGAAGCUUGUAAAUUGCGGCGUGAGCAUAGUUCUGUGUUUUUACUAUUUAAUUGUUGUAUGAGCGUAUUCCUUGAUAUUACGGUGUAUCUUAACGAUUUAUACACUCGUUCCUAAGUGUGUUUUUAUUCAAAUUGUUUGCGUCUCUGCUCCCCCACUCUAGAGUGGCUUUUAUCUUAACUACUUAGCUCAACUUAUCUACAUAUUGUUUUAGAUAUAGGUUUCCAAGUGACUAUAUUCCAGAUAACAAAACAAACCUUUUUAGGGCAGAUACUCAAAUGACACCCUCUUCCCUUGGUAGUGCACUAUUUUAUUCUAUAUAGGGAAUAGGGUGUGAUUUUGGGAUGCACUCCCACUGGAAUCUGCACCCUGUUCUGUUCGGCUCCCUUGUUGCCUUGGAAACGCAGCUCUAGAACCACUCCUUCUGUGACGUUCCAGCACUUUCCCUACCUGCGAUUACUCUCCGCCUUUAACAACUGCGCCAGGAUCAGUUACUAUCUUACUUAUAAUGGAUAAGAUAAAUAUUUAGGUUGGAGGAACUGUUGUUAACCCUUUGAUAAAUAAGGACAGAAUAUUCCAUCCUUUGUCAAUCGUUCUUAUUAAUUCUAGUCGCUGACAUCAUAAAGGACCGUAGCAUUCUGGGAUAGAACACUGAGAACAAUAGAACUGUCCAGAACUUCCACUCUACAAAGGGUUAAUAACUGUUAGUUAACACUCUCCUCUCCUGUCAUCCAGAUGCAGGUGCUGCAGUACUGAUGGUGCUUCUCUCUAUGCCUUAUAACCUGCUCGCUCAUGCUGGCUCCCGCAAUACUAAACACACACAACUAGAACCAAUAGAAUGGAAUGUUCAAUGAAUAGAAUUCAGAUUCUGUUAGUGCUUUUCUCAGUGUUCUACACUGGGAACACUGGGAACCACCAACCAAAUUGCAGUGGUCUGAGGGCCUGUGUCCAUUCUAUACGUUGUCUUUUUAUGACAAAAAAAACACUUCCCGUGACUGAGCUGUGCUUACACAAAAAACCACUUCCUGUGACUGAGAGCUGUGCUUACACACAAAAAAACUAUGAAUGUUAAACGAAUGUACUCUUUCUCUAAAUCAGUUGCGAUAGUGAUCGCUCGUAGUAAAUUUUCUUAAAACCCACCAAAGAUGUGUAGCAUUGAUGAUUUUAAGAUUGGACGAUAUUGGACCUUGGUGUUGUGCUUUGGGUUGAAUGUUUCACUCAUUGACUGGCACUAAACAGAGUAGAGGAAGACACCCCUUCAAAAAUGUUUUGGGCACGAACAAAAAUAAUGAAAACCUUCGAAUCGGGACCAAUUGAAUGCUUACAAGUGUCUUCCUAUAUGCUAGUAACAUCACAUAAAAAUGACAUAUAAAUUCCUCACAAAUAUAAACUUUUUUAAACACGGAUUGACUGUUAGAACUAAGAAUCCCCCACCCCCUAUCCUUAGAGACGAAGCUUGGUAGAAAUUAGACAAUUUGAAGAGCACAGAGUUGUGUGAGACUUGCCUGUGUGAUGAGUACCAUCUUCUAGCACUAUGGUGCACUAUGGCGUACUCUAGUUUGGAAUGGUAUUAAGGUGCCUCUUGGAUGCAGUAUGGAUAAUUUGCCUGAUUUGAAAAUUAGAGGUGUUUUGAAGAUGUAAAAAAACAAGUUUAUACAGUAGUAUACAAGUCAGUGAACUAGGAGUUGCUGCAUGCCCAGUAGUUUGCAGUCUUAAGGCUUUGAGGUUGCCCUUUGUUUAUAUGGUUUACGGUAAGAGACAUAUCAGCAGUUGGAUCCCCUUAAAUCUUGGGUGCUCCUCUACUACACACACGACGGUAACGGGCUAUAACAGAACUGUACAGAAAUAAAACGCAUGUUUUUGGAUAUUUAGCUGUAGUCUUUGGAAGUUUUCCUCAUUGGGUUAUCAUUGGGAUGACCUGGGUGCCAGUCUAUUUCUGCUCUCUUGCCAACUCCUUACGGCUUGAAAAUGACAGCAAUGGAGUUGGCAAGUAACAAGAACACAAACAGAUUUGGGACUGGAGUGUAGUUGGACCAGGAGUAGUGGUUGGUGAAUGUGAGGGUAUUUAUACACUGCCAAUAAAGUCUAGGAUAAGAAAAAUAAGUAUUGGACUGUUAUGAAUACUUCCUUCCUGGUUUCUCUUGACAUAAGUUCCAAUCCAGCUCUAGUCACUGCUGGCUCUGUUCUAAAGUACUGCACUAGUAUCUAGGGAAUAUGCUGUUAUUUCAGACACUUCAAUUUGGUUUUCUGUGCAGAUAUACUUCCCCUAAGAUACUUUAUGACAUCAAUGUCCCAUCCUUCUUAAUCCCAUUCUAGUGUGAAGUCAUUGUCAUUACACUAGCGUCACUCUAACCCCACUGACCAGUUAGAACACAGGGCUCUUAUGACAUCACAAUGUACACUAUGUAUUCCGACUGUAUUCACUUCAGAUAUGUAAACAAAAUGGCCUUCUGCAUGCACGGAAUCCACGCCUGAUUCACUAGUGCCUGUCAAUUGAACCACACACACACACAAUUUUACAUGAAUGCAUAUACACAUACUUAUGCACGCAAAGGGCCACUGGCAACUUGGACAAAUUCUUAUAAUACUAAACAGAAAUGUAAUGACAUAGAUCAUUCCUAUUGAAGCUUCCUAUACUGCUGCAGUUCUAUACAUCUAUAUUUCACUGCUGUCUCGCUCACUGGCAAAUACAUUGUGGAAUGACGACAUUCAUAUGAUCAAUCAAUGAAACCCAAUAAAAUUUGAAAAGAAA